ACUAUGUUGGAUUAAAUGAAUUUUUUCAAACUUGUCUUUGCUCAGAACCGGCUCCUCCAAAAUCACUCUUUGCAGUGAACAAAACCCAGACCUCAGUGACUUUGCUGUGGGUAGAAGAGGGUGUGGCUGAUUUCUUCCAAGUCAUCUGUCAACAAGUUGGCUCUGGCCAGGAAACACAGCUCCAGGAACCAAUUUCUGUUUCUUCUCAUGUCGUGACCAUCUCCAGCCUCCUCCCUGCCACUGCCUACAACUGUAGUGUCACCAGCUUUAGCCACGACAGCCCCAGUGUCCCUACGUUCAUAGCCGUCUCAACAAUGGUUACAGAGAUGAAUCCCAACGUGAUUGUCAUCUCCGUGCUGGCCAUCCUUAGCACACUCUUAAUCGGACUGCUGCUGAUUACCCUCAUCAUUCUUAGGAAAAAGCAUCUGCAGAUGGCUAGGGAGUGUGGAGCAGGAACUUUUGUCAAUUUUGCAUCCUUAGAACGGGAUGGAAAGCUGCCAUACAACUGGAGUAAAAAUGGUUUAAAGAAGAGGAAACUGACAAACCCGGUUCAACUAGAUGACUUCGAUGCCUAUAUCAAGGAUAUGGCCAAAGAUUCUGACUAUAAAUUUUCUCUUCAAUUUGAGGAGUUGAAGUUGAUUGGACUGGAUAUUCCACACUUUGCUGCAGACCUUCCAUUGAACCGAUGUAAAAACCGUUACACAAACAUCCUGCCAUAUGACUUUAGCCGAGUGAGAUUAGUCUCCAUGAAUGAAGAAGAAGGUGCAGACUACAUCAAUGCCAACUACAUUCCUGGAUACAACUCACCUCAGGAAUAUAUUGCCACACAGGGGCCACUGCCUGAAACCAGAAAUGACUUUUGGAAGAUGGUCCUGCAACAGAAAUCUCAGAUUAUUGUCAUGCUUACUCAGUGUAAUGAGAAAAGGAGGGUGAAAUGUGACCACUAUUGGCCAUUCACAGAAGAACCCAUAGCUUAUGGAGACAUCACGGUGGAGAUGAUCUCAGAGGAAGAGCAGGACGACUGGGCCUGUAGACAUUUCCAGAUCAACUACGCUGACGAGAUGCAGGAUGUGAUGCAUUUUAACUACACUGCGUGGCCUGAUCACGGGGUGCCCACAGCCAAUGCUGCGGAAAGCAUCCUGCAGUUUGUACACAUGGUCCGACAGCAAGCUACGAAGAGCAAAGGCCCCAUGAUCGUGCACUGCAGUGCUGGAGUUGGAAGGACAGGAACCUUCAUCGCCCUGGACAGGCUCCUGCAGCACAUCCGGGACCAUGAGUUUGUCGACAUCCUAGGGCUGGUGUCAGAUAUGCGGUCAUACCGGAUGUCUAUGGUACAGACAGAGGAGCAGUACAUUUUUAUCCACCAGUGUGUGCAACUCAUGUGGAUGAAGAAGAAGCAGCAGUUCUGCAUCAGUGAUGUCAUCUAUGAGAAUGUCAGCAAGUCCUAGUUCAGAAUCUGGACCAGACAGGACAUCCUCCCUUGCUUCCAGAAUUUUGGGGGGCCCUACUAGCCAUUUGCUAAAAAGAGCCCUGCUUUGUAGUAUGUGGCCAAGGAAAUACCUUAUCUCAUAGAAGCACCAGGAAGACUUAGCCUUAAAGAGCCUACAGUGUCUUUUGGACUCUUUCACUUCUGGACAUUCAUUAACGGGACACCAGAAAGAUCCAGAUGCUCUGCAAAGGGCAGGAAGCACAACCCUUCUGAAGGGUUUUGCUAGCCCUUUGCUGGUUGGGCUGAGUUUUUGGGGUUGUUGUUUUUAAGUGCAAUAAUUUCUGUGUAUGUGUGAUUUUAUCAGAAUGUUGAAUUGUUUUCUGCCCACGCCAUUGAUCAAGCUCAUAGCCCAAGCAGGAACAAGCAUUGUGAGUGUCAAAUUGUACCUCAUUGUUUAAAAGAGGCAUGGCCACACAUGAAGAAAUGGGAUUUUGCUUCAAGGAAAUUGAACCGGUGGUAUCUGUACUCCAACACAAGCGGGGAGGGUGGAUGGGGGAAGAGAGAGAGGUUCUCCCCACAGAUCGACUGCGAAUCUUUUCCAAAUAUGAAAAUCUGUAAUUCAGCUUCAAAGUAGAAUAGAAAAAAAAAAUUAAGUCUUAA